GCGAGGGGCGUGGCCUAGGGGCGGAGCCUCGGCCUGCGGAGGAGGCUGGGCUCUCACCCGUGGGAGCUCUCACCCGUGGGAAGGAGGUUCAUGGAAAAUAUGUUGCUGGUCAGUCGAAGUGUGUGCAGUUUGAAAUUUUGAUAAAUAUCGCCAAGAGCACAGGCCGACAUGAGAGACUGGACUGCAUGCUACACCAGAGAACCUACUGGCAGAAGAAUUAAUCCAGAGAGAGACUGAAGGACAUGUCAAGAUGGCCAAAGAGGAACCCCCAAGUGCCUCCAAGGACUUGCAGGAGCUGCAGAGGAAGCUGUCUUUGUUGAUACAGUCCUUCCAGACUAACUCAAAGGUGGUUGCCUUUAUGAAGUCUCCAGUGGCUCGGUACCUGGAUAGGCAUCCUUUCCUGGCUCUCACCAUGCUGAUAUUUGCCACCAUGUCAGCCAUCCCUGUUGCCUUCUUCCUGAUCAUUGUGGUGCUCACCUCCCUGGGUGCUCUUGUGGGAGCUGUAUUACUGGAAGGACUGGUCAUCUCUGUGUGUGGCCUCUCACUGCUCUGUGUCCUCUGUGGCUUGGGCUUCGUAUCACUGGCCAUGUCAGCGAUGGUCACCGUGUCUUACAUAGUGAUCUCCUGUCUCAUCAGCUACUGGUUUUCUCCCAGACCACCAAUGGAGCAAAACAGUAACACGGACUGCCAGCUGGAGAUGAAGUCUGCACACUUCAAGGGGCCAUACCAGAAAUGAUGGGAAUGGAAACAGAUUGUUUUCUAAGCAUCUUGGGCAAGCUCUCAGGUCACAUUCAUGCUGUGGCUGGGGGCUGGAGGUGUGCUCGAGCUUCUUCACUCACUGUGUCAACUCCUGCAGUGGCCAGAUCACCUCCCCACCUCCACCUCCACUGCUCCCCAGUAUGUAGUCUUGAGCCCAGCAGAGCCCUGGGCCUCUAGAACUGGGGAACUUGACCCCUAGAGCCUCAGGGCUCGGCCCAAGGCCCCAGCUGGGAGCAAUGGUGGAUUGUUUCUGAGAUUUAGUUGGGGGUGUUUUUGGCUUUUUACUCAUUUGAACUAAGAGGCUAAAAAGUACUCCGGCCAGAACCAGCUCUUUUACCUUACUCACUUUUUAUCAAAAUGAAGAGCAACAUUUGAGAAUAAUGGCCUUUAAAAUUUUGAAAAGUGAUCUUAACCAUUCAGCCAAGCAUCUUUUAGAAAGUCUCGAGGCCAUUCCUCUAGCCAUUCCUCUGUCACUGUUGAAUGCCAUCGUCUUUGACAUAUCCUGGACUGGAGAGAUAGCCAGCAGUUAAGAGCAGUGGCUGCUAACAACCAUCCAUAAUUCUGGUGCCAGGGGAAUCCGACACCCUCUUCUGACCUCCACAGGCAUUGUACCUCACAGGUGUACUUAUAUACAUGUAGACAUUACAUUCAUACACAUAAAAUAGAAAAUUAUAAAAUAUUUUUUAAAAACUUCUGUUAAGCCAUUUCUUUAAAAAAUAAACAUGCUGAAGGACUACAAAGUAAAAUUAAACAUUCUGUGCAAUUUUUA